GUCAGUUUCAGUUUUCAGUUUCGUGGAAAAUAAAACUUUAUUGCCUCUGAGGAUGCCUGGCAUUUCCGCCUCCAUCGCGGCAUUUUCAUGCGUCUACGUCCUACUCGGUUGUCAGUGGAGCAAUCCUUUGGCCUCUGGAACUGCUGCUGCUUUUGCCUCCACACGCCGUCUGUCGGACACGAUAAAUAUUGGAUUCCUCGCUGAAUAUUCCCAGAUGCGAGUGACGCUGGGCGGACUGCCCCUUGCCAUCGAGGAUGUGAAUAAAAACCCAAACCUGUUGCCGGGCAAGAAGUUAUCCUUCAAACCCGUCGACAUUGGCCAUAAAAUGAGCGCCUACCGUGUAAAGCCUUUGAGGGCGAUGACACAGAUGCGGGAAACGGGCGUAACCGCAUUCAUCGGUCCGGACGAGAGCUGCACCACGGAGGCUCUGCUGGCCUCCGCCUGGAACACACCGAUGCUAUCAUUUAAAUGCUCCGACUCAAUAGUCUCAAACAAAAGUACAUUUCAUACCUUUGCCAGAACCUUAGCUCCAGCUUCCAAGGUUUCGAAGAGUGUUAUUAGUCUUUUAAACGCCUUUCACUGGAACAAGUUCUCUAUAGUCGUCAGCUCCAAACCCAUUUGGGGCUCUGAUGUGGCUCGGGCCAUUCAGGAACUGGCGGAGGCAAGGAACUUUACCAUCAGUCACUUUAAACAUAUAUCCGACUACAUACCGACCACGAAGACCCUUUCGCAGAUCGAUAAAAUCAUUGAAGAAACUUAUUCCACAACUCGCAUCUAUGUGUUCAUUGGAGAGCACAUUGCCAUGGUGGACUUUGUGCGAGGCCUCCAGAAUCGACGGCUACUGGAGAGUGGGGACUACAUUGUGGUAUCCGUGGACGACGAGAUCUACGACUCGAAUCGGCGGGUUAACAUUAUGGAACGUAAUUAUUUAGAUCCUUAUAUUAGAAAAGAAAAGAGCAAAUCACUGGACAAAAUCUCAUUUCGUUCAGUUAUAAAAAUAAGCAUGACAUAUCCACAAAACCCCCAUAUUCGCGACAUUUGUUCAAAAAUAAAAGACUAUGCUCGAAAGACUCCCUUUCUAGUGCCAUAUCAUCAACGAGUCUUUGACAACAUAUCGGUCCCCAUCUAUGGACUACAUUUGUACGACAGUGUCAUGAUCUAUGUUAGAGCCAUAACAGAAGUCAUGAAACUGGGAGGUGAUAUCUACGAUGGAAACUUGGUAAUGAGUCACAUUUUCAAUAGGUCCUAUCACUCAAUACAGGGAUUUGAUGUUUACAUUGAUUCUAAUGGCGAUGCCGAGGGAAACUACACAGUCAUUACUCUGCAGAACGAUGUAGGAAGUGGAGUCUCGACAAGUUCCCUGGCCAAGAUGUCCAUGCAGCCAGUUGGGUUUUUUGCCUACGACAAACACUCCCUAAUACCUGAAUUCCGCUACAUAAAGAAUGACAGACCCAUCCAAUGGCUUAAUGGUCGUCCUCCUUUAGCAGAACCUCUCUGCGGAUUCCAUGGUGAACUGUGUCCUCGAAAGAAACUAGAUUGGCGGUACCUGGUAUCAGGGCCAUUAUGUGCCCUUGUCGUUGUGGUGGCCAUUGCUCUGCUGAUUAAGCAUUAUCGCUAUGAACAGACUUUGGCUGGUCUUCUGUGGAAGGUGGACAUGAAGGAAGUUACCGUCAUUAAUCUCGGCGAGUACAAUAACCCAACUAAUAAGAAUAUUUUUCAAAUCUGCCGGCAAAGCAUUUUAGUGGUUGGCGAACCCAACAAGAGGUCAUUCACUAAUAUAGCUCUCUUUCGUGGCAAUAUUGUGGCCAUGAAAAAGAUUCACAAAAAGAGCGUAGACAUCACCCGAUCGAUUCGUAAGGAAUUAAAACUUAUGAGAGAGGUGCGCCAUGAGAAUAUUAUAAACUUUAUUGGUGCCACCACCGAUCAUGGAUCCGUCAUCAUCUUCACCACUUACUGUGCACGGGGCAGUCUGGAAGAUGUCUUGGCCAACGAAGAUCUGCAUCUGGACCAUAUGUUCGUCUCCUCGCUGGUCUCCGAUAUCCUGAAGGGAAUGAUUUACCUACAUGACUCGGAGAUAAUAUCCCAUGGUAACCUUCGUUCCAGCAACUGCCUGAUCGACUCGCGUUGGGUCUGCCAAAUCUCUGACUUUGGUCUACACGAACUUAAAGCUGGUCAAGAAGAGCCCAAUAGAAGUGAAUUGGAACUGAAACGUGCUCUCUGCAUGGCGCCGGAGCUUUUAAGGGAUUCCUACCGACCUGCACGCGGCUCUCAGAAAGGGGACGUCUAUUCCUUUGGGAUUCUGCUGUACGAGACGAUUGGUCGCAAAGGUCCUUGGGGUGAUACGGCCUACUCGAAAGAGGAAAUAAUUCAGUUUGUCAAAUGCCCAGAACUACUGCAGCACGGCGUAUUUCGACCAGCUUUGACACACACCCACUUGGACAUACCGGACUAUAUCCGAAAGUGCUUGUGUCAGUGCUGGGAUGAAGAUCCGGAGGUCAGGCCUGAUAUCAGACUGGUUCGCAUGCAUCUCAAGGAACUUCAUGCUGGAUUGAAACCCAAUAUAUUUGACAAUAUGCUCUCGAUAAUGGAGAAAUAUGCCUACAACCUAGAGGGUCUAGUUCAGGAACGAACUAAUUUGCUUUACGAAGAGAAAAAGAAAACGGACAUGCUACUUUACCAGAUGCUGCCAAGACCUGUAGCUGAGCUUCUAAAACGAGGUGAUCCUGUGGAGGCCGAGUGCUUCGACUGUGUCACCAUAUUGUUCAGUGAUAUUGUGGGAUUCACUGAACUCUGCACCACAAGUACACCAUUCGAGGUUGUGGAAAUGCUUAACGAUUGGUACACCUGCUGCGACUCCAUAAUAUCCAACUACGAUGUCUAUAAGGUUGAGACCAUUGGUGAUGCUUAUAUGGUGGUAUCCGGAUUACCUUUACAAAAUGGAAAUCGUCAUGCCGGAGAGAUUGCCUCAUUGGCUCUACAUCUCCUAGAAACGGUGGGAAAUCUUAAAAUCCGGCAUAAGCCCACGGAAACUGUUCAGCUUCGUAUUGGAAUCCACUCGGGUCCUUGCGCAGCAGGAGUGGUAGGACAAAAGAUGCCCAGAUAUUGCCUGUUCGGAGACACUGUUAACACAGCCUCUCGAAUGGAGAGCACCGGCGAUUCCAUGAAGAUCCACAUAUCCGAAGCCACCUACCAGUUACUGCAGCUAAUUGGCAGCUAUGUCUGCAUCGAAAGGGGAUUGACGAGCAUUAAGGGUAAAGGAGACAUGCGAACCUAUUGGCUGACCAAUCGCCAGCAAACCGAGCUUACACCUGAUCUCAUUAGCACGGUGGAUACUCUGGAUAACUACUGCUCCGUGGGAAGAGAAAGUAUGGAGCAAUCACUCCAUCCAUAUUGCACUCCUGCUCCGAAAAACUAUAGAUUGGGAUCCUGCAAUUGUGACACCAAGUGUCUAUAUAGUCGCCGAUCAGACGACAAUGUGACCAAUUCCCACGGCACUUCAGAGUUUCCAAGGAUCCAUGAACCCGCGCAGGUUAACUGCAAUCAAUUAUGUGUUUGCCGCUUAAACAGCAGCCAAGUGUUCAGUAAUCGAAGCCCUCGAUCUGCCCCGAGUAUCACAUUUAGACUAUAA